AUGGUGAAAGACAAAGAGUGUCGCUGCGUGUGUCCCGUCACCAAGCCCGGCUGCAGAGACCUACCUUUCUCCAUCGUCCACCGCUACAUGAGCAUCACCUCGGAGCGCUCCGUGCCCUCGGACAUCUUCCAGAUCCAGGCCACCAGCGUGUCCCCGGGAGCGUACAACACCUUCAGGAUCCGCUCGGGCGACGACAACGGCGACUUCUACAUCAGGCAAAUCAACAACAUCAGCGCCAUGCUGGUCCUGGCCCGGGCCCGUCUCAGGACCCAGGGAGUACACGCUGGACCUGGAGAUGGUGUCCGUCAACCCGCUGCUCAGCUACCAGGGCAGCUACCAGAGCAGCUCCGCCCUCAGACUCUCCAUCUACAUCGGGCCGUACACCUUCUAGAGGAGAGAAGACAAAAAAAACUGUGACGUCAGCACAUUAUUCAGUGAAAUACCAAACAUGUUCUUCUGUGUUAUGUUGUGCUUUAACUCGUGUUGCCUUCAGGUGCCCUC